AUGGUAUAUGAAAAUCGUUUCAAACCAAGAAUAUAUUUAUCUCAAAGCCCUUCGAAAUGUUCUAUAGUACUAAAUAAUGUGUUUAAAACACAUAAUGAUCGAAAUAUAUUCAAUGGAGUGAAUUUAAUUGCACACAGUGGUACAAUAUGUKCUCUACUUGGUGAAAUAAAUAGCGGUAAAUCUAUGCUGCUUUCUUGUUUAGUUGGUGGAGAUAAAGUAGACAAAGGUCAUAUAUGGGUUCUUGGAGGUAAACCAAGAACAAAAAGUAGUAAAACCUUAACUAAAUACACUGGUUAUAUGCCUCAGUGGAGAAUAAGCUAUUACAAAGACAUUUUUACUCUACCCCCAAUUAAUUCCACUAUUAAAAAAUUAAGUUUCAGUGAAAAACGAAUGAUAUCAUUUAUAAUAGCAGUAUUCCACAGACCUCGAUUAGUGGUAUUAGACGAGCCUACUGUUGGACUUGACAUUUUAAAAAAAAAUCAAAUUUGGAAAUACUUACGUCACAUGAUUACUACAUGGAAACCAACAGUAGUUGUAGCCACCAAUAAUAUUGAGGAAGCAUUUUUAGCAACUAAGAUAGCGUACCUGAAAAAUGGAAAAAUCAUAUUUGAAAGAGAAGUAGAGGAAUUACGUCGAACAAAUCCAAAUAAGUCUAUAGAUUUAAUCAUAGAAAACCUUUAUACCAGUUUAAUAUCUAAUAAUUUUGAUGUACACAACAUAUUAUAUUACCUUCUUAAACAUAGAUAA